UAUUAAUCCGCGAUCUCCGCGACACCGCUUGUAAUUAAUGUCGUUUGGUGUUUAGAUUUAUGAGUUUAUAUAAAAGGUCAGGAAUCUCGGGACUCUUCCUGUUGCGUAAUUAUUCGGGCCGCCUUCGUCGGGCUAAACUAGAGUUAAUCAGUUUGUUGGUACCUACAGAUGAAAUUUAGAUUACAAUAAAGAAAUGUCGAAAGAGAAAAGAGUUUGGGCAACGAGCGAAGAAGGAAAAAUCGAAUAUGUAUCCUUAACACCAGAUCGUCUCGAUGAAACCGUCCAGUUAUUAAGAAACUAUUUUUUCACAAGAGAAACUGUAUGCGAGGCCGUUGGUUUGUCAAAAAUACCAGAGGCCAUUGCAGAGUGCAAUGAAGUGGUCAUAGAUACUGCCAAACAUGGAGUAUCAGUUGUAGCUAUCGAUAAGGAAUCUGGAAAAGUUAUUGGAGCACUUAUGAACAAAAUCCAGGACAAAAAUACAUCAUCAAAGCAAUUAUAUGAAGAAUUCAUCAAAAAAGCAAAACACCCUGAAAGUAAAGAAAUUUUUAACUAUUUAAUAACCAUGGAAGACGGUGCAGACCCCUUCACUCCAUACAAUGCCGAUUGUAUGAUGGAAUUGGUAUUUCUUUGUGUCUCACCAGACUAUGCUCAAAAAGGUAUCGGAUAUAUGCUAUGCAAGGUUUCAUUGGAUUUGGCAAAUUUGCUUUCUAAGGGUGAAAAUGUGAAAACUCCAUUAGAUAACACACCUCUGCCUUUAGAGCCUAAGCCGCAAAUAGUUACUGUGCUUUGGACGACAUUUAAAUCGCAAAGAAUUGGAAGAAAGUUAAAUUUCAACCAUUUAAAAACAGUGAGCUAUGAAGAUUUAUAUUACAAUGGCAAAUCGUACGCCAGUAAUCUUGGAAACGAAACCAAAUUUUGUAUCUUUGAAUGUAAAAAAUUACAAUAAAAUAAAACAAAAUUUUUAUUAAAAGAAAAUAUUUAUUUUAAAAAACCUAAUUAUUAAUCUUCUGAGUACGAUGAACAUGUUCAUAACCGGCCCUCAAAAGACUCUGAAACUUUUUAUUCUUAUUUAAUUCUUCCAAACUAGAAUCAUCCAGCAGCAUAUUAAUAGAAGGCAAUAAAUCACUGGCAUCUUGCCCUAAAGCAAUAAAAAGAUCAACAAUCUUAAAAAACAAGGUAUUUUGAAUACAUUCAAGAGGAUCAUCAAUAUUGGCAAAAUCCCAAUUAUCCCUCAAUAGAGCUGUCCUCCAAAUUUUCAAAGUCAAUUCAAUUUUUUCAGACUCGUCUUCGACAAAAGAGGCCACAUCUAAGGCUCUUUUAAAAUCAAUUUCUGUGGCAUCAACAAAUUCUGGACAAAUGAAGAGAACGGCUAAAUCACGAGCUGGAAGCACUCUGGGUUUAUUGGCAUCAAAACCGUAUUGUUGAAGGACAUAAUCAGGAACUGCUUCUUGAAGAGAUAUUAAUUCGAGGCGCUUAUUUAUGUCAGCUACUUGGUCAACUGUAUCACUGGCAGCUG